AUGAAUUUCACAAUUCUUCUUGUUUUUCUGAUGGCUGUUGUAGGAGCCUUUGGAUAUUUCCAUCAUGACUUCCAUCAUCAUCAUGACCAUCACGGAGGUGGUGGGUUCGGCGGCGGUGGUUUCCACGGAGGACAUCACGGAUUCCAUUCUCAUGAUCACUUUGGAAAGAAAAAGUAA